ACAGACUACGGACACGGUCUUUAUCAACCAAGAGUUUUUCCUUUUUCUUUUUCGCUUCAACAAAUUCGGGGCCUGAAUUAGGAGAAAGAAAAUCAAGCGAUUUUCAGAUAUGUCCGAGUAUUUGCCGCAAGAAGUGCUGAUUGAAAUCUUUCUACGGCUUCCCAUCAAGUCCAUCAUUCAGUGCACAAGUGUUUGUAAGUCAUGGUAUUCUCUUAUUACUAGCCCUAAUUUUAUUUCCGUACACCUCAACAACCAAGAUGAUUACUUGCUAGUACGACAUUGCUCUGGAAAACCAGUAAAAGAAAUUUAUGCUUUAUUCUCUGACAAUGAAAAUUUUGAUCAGUAUGCCCAGUUUGAUUUUCCAUUUGAGUGUUACAGUCACUUUAAUAUUGUGGGUAGUUGUAAUGGGCUUUUGUGCCUUUCCGACGACCUAAGUUGUUACAGGGAUCUUUACUAUAUCUGGAACCCAUCUAUCAGAAAGACAGUAAAACUCCCCGAACCAAUUUUUACAUUUGAGACACAUGGUCCCUUUGAUCAUACGUUAGGGUUUGGGUUCGAUAGUGUUACUGAUGACUACAAGGUGGUAAGGAUAGUACAUAUUGAUACUGGGGAUAAUGUUGAUAGGGUUCCACCUCAUGUUGAACUUUAUAAGUUGAGCACUGGUGUUUGGCAUGACAUUACUCCUGUUUCUCCAUCUUAUAAAUUCUUUAGGCAGACACCAGGAAUCUAUGUGAAUGGCGCUUGCCAUUGGUUUGCUUCUCAACAGGUAAGAUUUGGUAGAUAUAUGAUUGUUCUGUUUGAUGUGCAUGAGGAGACGUUCUGGGAAAUGAUGGUGCCGGAUUGUCUAAAUAAGAAGUUUUUUGGUUUAUGUGGUGAGGGUUUUGUCCUUUUUGUCUCAGAUGAAUCACUUAGUUUGGCUGAAAGUUCCUUUGCAAAUGACAAAACGAUUGAUAUUUGGAUGAUGAAAGAGUAUGGUGACCCAGAAUCAUGGGUGAAACAGUUCAGCAUCAGUUUAAGCGACGUAUCAUUCAACGUUGGUGUUGUUGAUGAAAUUUUCUCGUUGUUAAAUGGUGGUCGUCAGCGUCAGGUUGCUCAUUUCUUGGCGAAGCCAAUAGCUUCAAGGAAAAAUGGUGAAUUUUUGUGGAGAGUGGACAAUGGACUCUUGGUUUCAUAUGAUCCUGAAGCUGAAAUAAUUAAGAAUCUUGGCAUUCAUAAUGAUAACUGUUUAACUUAUCGGAAUGCACUUUAUGUUAAUACUUACAAAGCGAGCCUUAUUUUACUUGGUAAACAGACAGAUUAUUCUGCUGGAGAGACUUGUGAAGAUUUAUCCAGUUUAUGCAAGAAGGAAGGUAAAGGUGGGAGGAAAGUUCAUAAAGGAAACACUAAAAGAGGACUGCGUAUUGUAUCUCCCUAGCACAUCAGUGGAUUGAUGUACAUGUCUAAAAUGAAAGCAAAGAGUCUGGGCAUGAUAAAACAGAAGAACAGAUUUCGGCUGACAAUGGGGGCCUCCUUUAAUUUAUUGGAAGGUCAAAGUUUCUUAAAGGAGCUAGGAGUGCGUGGCAGUUUGUUAUGCUCUUGGGUAUUAAAACUCUUUGAUUAAAAUAGUGGCUGUAAAUCUAAUGUCUUGACUACUAUAGGUAGAUGUUUUUGGGCUCAUCAUACUUCCAGACCUUGUGUUUUUGCAGCUAUCGGGUGGUUACAUUAUCUGCCAAAUUUCUAUGUUGUAGUAGGCUUGGUAGCAAUGAUACUAAGGACCACUCGUUUUGUUUUCUUGAUGUUGAUCAUAUGCCAUGUCAGAAUUUCUUCCUUCUGCAA